GCCUAAAGUAUUAUUUUUUUCAUAAUUUGACAUCUUUGCACAAUGGUUGCAGCCAACGCAUCAAACGAGAUUGAUCAUUUCAUUAAUAAUGUUGUCAACAAGCCAGAAUCCUUCUUUAUACCAGAUCAAAAGCUUGCAGACAAGGCCAUACAAAUAGCCAAGCAUUUUUAUGAUAAAGUGAAACAAGUUGAGCCAGUAGAAAUGUCACCGUUCAAUGAAUUAUUAAUACAGGAUUUUGAUAAUGAUCAGAUAUGGGAAGAGAUUGCUGCACAAAAUGAGCCAUUCUUACAGUAUGCAAAGUCAACUCUAAGAUCCUUUUCAAGAAAACCAACAAUAGACGAACACAGUGAAGAAGAAGAAGAAACAAGUGUGUCUGGUCAGUCAAUGGAUCUUGACAGAUUAGAUCAAGAAGGAGAUUACGAUUUGCCAACCGAUGAAGAAGAAGAAGAAGAAGAAGAGAUGAGCCAAGCUGAUAGUGAAUUAGAAGAAGAUGAAUAUGAGGAAGAUAUUGAAAAAGACGAGGAUGAAUAUGAUAAUGGGGAUGAUAACAUUGAUGAUGAUGAUGAUGAAAGACCUAAAAAGACAUCUGAAGUAGAUGACGACUUUUUCAACCUGGAAAAAUUCAACAAGUGGACAGAACAGCAAGAAGAGCUUGAUAUGAUGUCAGAUCGAGAAGAUGAUGGGUUUGAUUUUGAUGAAGAUUUAGAGGACCUUGAAGACACAGAUGAUGAAUACCAAGAUGCAGCUGAAUUAACAUAUGAGGACUUUUUUGGCAAAAAAAGUAAAACCAAGCCUAAGAGGCCCAUGAAGCCAAAGAGACAAGAAGAAGAAGAAGAAGAAGAAGAGUCUGAGGACGAGCAACAAGAUGACAAGUCAGAGAGCUCUGUUCGUAACUUGUUUGAUGACGAAGAAGAAGAAGAAAAUGGCCAAGAAGAGAAAUCUGCUUUCCAAAGACAGCAAGAGCGUAUUGCGGCACAGAUUGAACAAUUUGAAGAAGAAAAUAUACAAGACAAGCAUUGGACAUUACGUGGUGAAGCCACUGCGAGUGCACGACCUGUGAACAGUCUGUUGGAGGAAGACCUCGAGUUUGAACAUGCUAAUAAGCCUGUGCCUGUGAUCACACAAGAAACGACAAAUGUGUUGGAAGAUAUGAUCAAAAAGCGUAUCGUGGACAAUAUGUUUGAUGACGUUGAACGUAAAGUGGAUCCAACCUUACGUCCUUUCUUGCCUUCCAAGAGAGUAGAGAUAAGCGAUGAAAAAUCAAAGAAAUCAUUAGCAGAAAUCUAUGAAGACGACUAUUCUAAAAAGAAGUUGGGUGAUGCCGCAGUCGAUGAACGUGACGAGGCACUAAAGAAGGAACAUGAGGAGAUUACCAAUAUGUUCAACAGCUUAUGUCAUAAAUUGGAUGCUCUUUCCAACUUUCAUUACACACCCAAGGCACCUAAGCCUGAGAUGGAAAUUGUCAGCAACGCUGCUGCUAUUAGCAUGGAAGAAAUCAUACCCGUGAAUGUAUCUGAUGCCACUUUAUUGGCACCUGAAGAAGUGUAUGAAAAGAAACGUGGUGAAGUGAAGGCUACAACCGAAAUGGAUCAGGCUGAACGUAAGAAGGCAAGAGCAUUGAAGAAGAAGCUGAAGAGAAAGGAGAAGGAAAUGAAGGAAAAGGAAAAGAAGAUUAUACAGAAAUACAAUCCAAAGAUGGCCCAAAAGGAAGAAAAGAUCAAGGCUGUCAAGGAUUUGCUUGGAUCAAAGAAUGUUACGAUCAUUGGAAAAUAAACUUUAUCAUGAUGCAUUUAAAACCCUCCACUUGGAUAAGUGAAAAAUAGAAAGAGAG